AAAUUAGUAGUUGUAGAAAGCUGUCAUCCUAUAACAGAAAUGUUCCUUCUUUUAUUUGGUUUGAUUCUUCAGAAUUCCAAUAACCCAAAGGGGCCAAACAAUUUCCAUGAAACGAUUCGCUAGUUUCUGUUUCUUUUCUUGCAAUAUAGUGUCAUUGCUCUUCAUAUUUUCCACUGCAUUAGACACGAUAUCUAAGGAUAGCCCCAUCAAAGAUGGCCAUACCAUAGUUUCAGCUGGUGGCAACUUUGAGCUUGGAUUUUUCAGCCCUGGAAAUUCCAAGAAUCGGUAUAUCGGUAUAUGGUACAAGAAUCUACCUAAGGGCAAAGAAGUAGUGUGGGUUGCCAAUAGAGUCAACCCACUGAAUGACACAUCUGGCAUAUUAACGAUCAGUAGCAAAGGGAUUGCACUACUCAAUAGCACCCGAGACGUGAUUUGGUCGUCGAAUUCAUCAACCCAUUUGAGGAAUCCGGUGGCUCAGCUUUUGGACAGUGGAAAUCUUGUCUUAAAAGAUGGCAGUGGUGUAAACUUAAAAGACUAUGCUUGGCAGAGUUUUGAUUAUCCAGGCAAUACUUUAUUACCGGGCAUGAAAAUAGGCCGAAAUUUAGCCACUGGCCUUUAUUGGACUCUUUCAUCCUGGAAGAGCAGCGAUGAUCCUUCUCCUGGAAGAUAUGUGGAUCGCCUCGACACUAGUGGUUAUCCACAAAUCUUCUUGUGGGAAGGUCCGGUAAUAAAGUAUAGCUCGGGAAUAUGGAAUGGACGUUUUUUUGCUGGCGGACCAAAUUUGAAACCAAAUCCUUAUUAUACAUUUGAGUUUGUGAAUAAUAACAAGGAGAUUUACUAUAAAUAUGACCUUAUUACUUCUCUUCCCACCAGGGUGGUCUUAAAUCCGGCAGGCCUAAUUCAACGAUUCUUAUGGAUCGGACGGAACCAGAACUGGUUCCUUUACUCUACUGGGCAGAUGGAUAAUUGCGACCGUUAUGCCUUGUGUGGUCAAUUUGCGCGGUGCGACAUUAACGACUCCCCUUCAUGCGAUUGUUUGAGAGGAUUUCAGCCUAAAUAUCAACAAGAAUGGGAUGCAGCAGAUUGGUCUAGUGGGUGCGUGCGAAGAACUCCAUUGGAAUGUGGGACAAGUGACAGGUUUAUGAAAUACUCGAGUGUGAAAUUGCCAGAUACACGUCAUUCUUGGUUCGAUAAGAGCAUUGGCCUUGAGGAAUGCCAAAUGUUGUGUCUGAAAAACUGUUCGUGUACAGCAUAUUCCAAUCUUGAUGUAAGAGAUGGCGGGAGUGGAUGCUUACUGUGGUUUAACGAACUCGUUGAUAUCAGGGAAUAUGCUGAACUUAUGCAAGAUCUCUAUGUAAGGAUGGCUGCAUCAGAAGUAGGUUCAGGACAAAUGGGAAAGACAAGAAAAGCAAUCAUUGCGACUGUAUCAAUAAUUUCAGCAACCGUCCUUGGUUUUCUAUCUUGGUCUGCUAUGCGGAGAAAGAAAAGGGAAAGAGGAGAACGAGAAGGAAAGGAUGAUAUGGAGUUUCCUUUGUUUGAUUUGAUGACUAUUUCUGCUGCAACUAAUAAUUUCUCAUCUGAUAAUAUCAUUGGAAAGGGUGGUUUUGGACCCGUUUAUAGGGGAAAAUUAUUAUCUGGCCCAGAAAUAGCUGUGAAGAAGCUCUCCAAACAUUCUAGACAAGGUCUUGAAGAGUUGAAGAAUGAAGUUGUUCUGAUUUCAAAACUUCAACAUAGAAACCUAGUUAGGCUUCUAGGUUGUUGUCUUGAAGGGGAAGAGAGGAUGCUAAUUUAUGAAUAUAUGCCAAACAAUAGCUUGGACUUCUUCGUCUUUGAUGAGAUCAGAAGGGGACAACUUCUGUGGGAAGAUCGCUUUCGUAUUGCUAAGGGAAUAGCAAGGGGGCUUCUUUAUCUUCACCAGGACUCCAGAUUAAGGAUCAUACAUAGAGAUCUAAAGACUAGCAACAUUUUACUGGACAGCAAAUUGAAUCCCAAAAUUUCAGACUUUGGACUGGCUAGGAUUAUUGGUGGGGAUCAACAUGAAUCAAGAACAAAGCGAGUAAUAGGGACAUAUGGCUAUAUGUCUCCAGAAUACGCAGUUGAUGGGAAAUUUUCAGUGAAAUCAGAUGUCUUCAGUCUUGGUGUUCUUCUACUAGAAAUAGUAAGCGGAAGAAAGAACAGAAUGUUUUGUCAUCCAGAUCACCAUCAUAAUCUUAUUGGACAUGCUUGGUUAUUAUGGAAUGGAGGGAAGGCCUUGGAACUAAUCGAUGAAUGUUUGAAUGAAUCGUUUGUGGAAUCCCAAGUUUUAAGAUGCGUUCAUGUGGCGCUAUUAUGUGUUCAAAAACUAACAGUAGACAGACCACCAGUGGCAUCCGUGGUUUUCAUGUUGAGCCAUGAAGAAGUGGCAUUACCUCAACCAAAGGAGCCCGGUUUCUUCAUAGAGAGGAGUACAGCUGAAACAGAUGAUUCAAAUGAGAAAAGAUGCAUCAAUUACAAUGAUUUGACAUUAACAAUUCUUAUACCAAGAUAGAAUUGGUGGAACCAGCAAUUUUAGAAUCUUCUAUUGUGUAAAGGGGGUUGAACAACUUAUAUACAAAAAAAGAUAUUCAGUUCGCUGUACAUUAUAAUAUUUUGAAGUAGGGUUUCAGCUAAAUCCCUGUAGACCACAUAGCUCCGCCUCUGAAGAUAGUGA